CGGGAGUUAAAGUGGAAGAUCCUUACCACGGUCUUUGCUCGCCUUUUCGCGAUUCACAUUUUGCCAAAAUUGCCUUGCUGCGCUUUUCCUCCUCGUAGUGAGACAAUCUAUCGUCUGGAUACGCGCUGCUUUUGCCGGAGAACACCACUAAAUAUAUAUUUUUCACUACGAUUGUUGGAUGCACCGAUGAGAGAUCCAGUUUUUACAGGGACUGCGAUGGCUUACCACCCUUUCCACGUUCACCGGCCAACCGACUUUCCGAUGUCAGCUUUUCUCGCGGCCGCGCAUCCCUCCUUCUUCCCGACGCUGACCUUGCCUCCCGGGGCUCUCACAAAGCCGAUCCCGGACCAUACUCUCGCCGGAGCCGCGGAGGCUGGGCUCCAUCCGGCUCUGAGUCACCAUCAUCAGGCAGCUCAUCUUCGCAGUCUUAAGAGCCUGGAGCCAGAGGAAGAGGUUGAAGACGAUCCAAAAGUCACACUGGAAGCGAAGGACCUAUGGGACCAGUUCCACAAAAUAGGAACAGAAAUGGUUAUUACGAAAUCUGGCAGGAGAAUGUUUCCACCUUUUAAAGCCCGUAUAAAUGGACUCGAUAAAAAAGCCAAGUAUAUUCUAUUAAUGGAUAUUGUGGCUGCCGACGACUGCCGCUACAAGUUCCACAACUCUCGCUGGAUGGUCGCGGGGAAAGCCGACCCGGAGAUGCCAAAGCGAAUGUAUAUACAUCCGGAUAGCCCAGCUACUGGGGAACAAUGGAUGGCUAAACCUGUUGCUUUUCAUAAACUGAAGUUAACCAACAACAUUUCGGACAAACAUGGAUUUACCAUCCUGAAUUCAAUGCAUAAAUACCAGCCCAGGUUCCAUAUUGUGAGAGCAAACGAUAUUCUGAAGCUUCCGUACAGCACUUUCAGGACAUAUGUUUUUCCUGAGACCGAUUUUAUUGGUGUAACAGCUUAUCAAAAUGACAAGAUAACACAGCUGAAGAUUGAUCAUAACCCCUUUGCCAAAGGCUUCAGAGACACAGGGAAUGGAAGAAGGGAAAAAAGGAAACAGCUGACCCUUCCAUCAUUACGCAUGUAUGAGGAUCAGUGUAAAGUGGACCGUGAUGGCGCGGACUCUGAUGCUUCCUCAAGCGAACCUACAACCGGCAGAGAUGCUGGUCAUUCACCUGGACCGGUUUCUAGUCCACUUAGAUUUAACCGGAGCAGCAGAGACGAGAAAACAUGCACUGACAGUGAGCACGAAUUGGACCACCAAGAUGAGCGGUGUGGUGGCUCCAGCAGUCCUGGACCAGAGCCUCCAUCUCCAAUCAGGUCGAGAUGUGAAGACCGGGGGCGGGAGAGGCCUGUUCUGGAGAAGAAAGACGACUAUCCGGACUCCCGAAAAUCAAGCGAUUCUAUAUUUAGCAUAAGAAACGUGGAGAAAGACAAACAAGAGAACAGGCCAAGGAAAGACACAGACUUGUCAAAGAAGGACACGGAAAACGGUGGUAUUAGCGGCAGUAAAGACAGCUUCUCUCCUCUAAUGAUACAGACAGAGAGUCCUUCACAUUUUGGGGCAGGGCACCUUCAGAGUUUGGCGCUUUCCGGCCUACACAGUCAACAGUUCUUUAACCCACUAAACACCGGACAACCUCUAUUAUUCCACCCCGGACAAUUUGCAAUGGCACCUGGAGCGUUUUCAGCCAUGGGUAUGGGACAUCUAUUGGCUUCAAUGGCUGGAGCUGGUGGCCUAGAGAAUGGAAGCCUGUCGGCCCAGGGAACUGGGAGCACCCCGAGUCCUUUUCCCUUUCAUCUGUCUCAACACAUGCUUGCCUCUCAGGGCAUUCCGAUGCCAACCUUCGGUGGACUUUUUCCGUACCCCUACACCUACAUGGCCGCGGCGGCUGCAGCGGCCUCCGCCCUUCCCGCGAACAGCAACACGGCCUCCUCGCUCUCCAGGAACCCGUUUUUGAGCAGCUCCACGCGCUCUCGACUGCGAUUCAACCCUUACCAGCUCCCCGUGUCGAUCCCUCAAAGCACAAACCUGCUCACUACCGGAUUGCCAAGCGGCCUAAACCCCUCAUCCGAAUCGUCUAAAUGCGGUAGCAGGGAAGCGAGUCCUGUGCCUGAUCCCAAAUCGGGGGCGAGUCAGAGAAACGGCUCACCUAAAACAACAAUGAAGGAAUCCAUCAAUGAACUUCAGAACAUUCAGAGACUAGUGAGCGGCCUAGCGAGUCAGCGGGAGACUUCCUCACCUAGGGAUUCGCCCAAGUGAUCAAGCAUCCCCAAACCUAUCCAGGGCAUGACUUGAAUUGCCAGAGGAUUUUAUUAAGUGGUUCUCUGCGAGAAAUUUCAUUACGUAGUUUUUGCGCAUGGAUGACUGGAGUGGAAAAAAGCAAACAGCAGUCAACAAGUAAAAAUUAAUAAAAGAAAACGUUGGACUUUGUGCUCUUGGUGAUGGAGAUCUGCGUAGGAAGUGCUGCGAAGACAAUCUACGGUGUAGCCUAAUUGACUCUUUAUAGAACAUGUUGACAAGACCACACCAAUCUAUUUAAAAAAAGAAAAGAAAA